AUGUGCGACAGUCUAUCGAUUUCGACGCAGACUCCUUCGUCCAACAAACGAGGGUCAGCCCAAGCUCCUCAAGAAAUAUGGGAGCUCGUCAUCGAACACCUGGCCGACGACAAGAAGGCGCUGAACGCAUGCUCCGAAGUGUGUCACCGAUUUUUGCCUCGAAGCCAGGCGCUGUUGUUUGCCUAUUGGGAUCCGAGGGAUGAGAUGGAGGAGAGGACUAUCCUGAACAUCAAGCGAUUAGAAGACAUCGUACUGGUCUCCCAACAUAUUGCAACCCAUAUCCGCAAGUUCUGGGUCUUUCUCGGACCCCCUGACGACUCUGGAGCCGCGACGAGGUACCCAGACGGUGCGAUGGGCCUCAUCGCACGACUGUUGCCAAAACUUCCGAACAUCCACGUCAUGUACCUUCUACCACUGUCCCCAGGUGCCAUGGCGGAUUGGAAGGAUGACGGCGCCGUAUCCCGCAGUCUCAAGGCAGCUUUACUAGCUACGCUCCAGCGCGCGGUAAUAUUCGAGUGCGUCACCCUCAAGUCUCUGCGGAAUUUUGACCUCGCCUUCCUGAGCGCUGCAUCUCGCAUUCGGAGGCUGGACAUGCAGUCGGUCCCGGUGCCGCAGGAACCACUUACCUUUCUCGACCAAUCACCCUCCUUCGAUCCGAACCCGAGAAGGAAGUGUGUUGUGGGGUCCAUGAUGUAUUACUUCGCGACAGGCCGCUGUCCUGAGCGGUUCGUGAACUAUUGUCUGGACCACCCUGAUAGCCCCCUGGAGUUGGGACAGCUUAGGUCUCUGAGUCUCCGUGACCCUACGGACUCCACCGGAGCAAACCCGAUAUCGAGGUUGCUUCAAUUCUGCGCAUCCACACUCGUCAAUCUCACGCUCGCGUAUAACUCGAGAAUAGGCGAGUACUUUCUUAACCUCCGACUCAAUUCGAGAACUUAUGCAUGA